AUGGAUCAUUUCGCUUGGCCCGAGCUGGCGUAUCUUGGACACAGUUUUGGCGGACAGUUGGGCUCGUGGUUGGCGGGCGUCUACCCGGAACGCGUCCGUUGCCUGAUUGUGCUGGACACCAUGGGGCCCAGGUCGGUGGAAAUGGGCGACACGUUGGCUGCGGUGCGUAGCCGGAUCGAUGACGCGCAGUCGUUGCACCGGCGACAGUGUGGCCGAAAGCCACCAUCGUACACGUUCGGCGAGGCGGUAAGCAAAAUGAUGGCUGGCCGGCCGUCCAGACUGACCGACGAAUCCGCGCGCAUACUGGCCGCCCGAGCGUUGGCCCGCGUGGACGGCGACGACGACAAGUACACGUUCGCCAGCGACCAACGAUUGAAAUUGGCGUUUUACCCGCUGAUGACGUUUGACCAACAGAAGCAGAUUCUGGGCAGCAUUGCGUGCCCGGUCGUGUUCGUGCUGGCCGACGAGAACUGUGGCAGGUACUCCACGUAUCUAAAGGACGCUUACGAGUUCUACAGCAAACGGCCGAACGUGACCAUCCGGGUGGUCAGCGGCGACCACGAUGUGCACUUAAACUAUCCAGACAGGGUAUUCAAACACGUGGCGGACUUUCUGCAAGAACAUUAUAGAAACUGA